CUUGGGUACAUAUUGACUUCCUGUCGUCCCCGACCCUUUGUCCACUCCGCCACAGCCCACAUCUCCAUCGUCUCUCAGUCCAGAUGCCUUCGCACCACCACCGAGAAACUAAUCGAUGCUGCUGCGGCUGUUCAAUCCACUCUUCACCACCACCCCAUCUGACCACAUCUGAUCAACUCCUCCAAGCCCUGGCCAGCCACCUGCUCCUCCAAUCCCAGAAACCUCCCACUGUUUCCGACCGUCACUGCCUUAAGCCCCAGCAACACCCACCACCACUGCAUUCCUUCUUCCAAAUUCAUCAACUCGGUGAUGAUCAUCUUCCUCCUGCUCCUCCUCAUUAUCAUCGUCAUGAACAGCAGCAGCAGCAGCAGCGGUUCUAUCAGUAUCAAGCUCAACCUCUUAUCGAUUCCCUCCUCCGCCGCGUCGCCGCCCUCGAAUCCUCUUUCCCCCAUCUCUCUCCCACUUCGUCUCCUUCGCCGCCUGUAGAUCCGCGCUCUCCGACGAGACCCACAUCGAUCCCAGAUACCUCACCGAGAAAGCCAUGGAUCUUCUCCUUCGACUGGAUGUCAUCCAUAGCGGCGACCCGAUGGUUCGGGAAGGGAAGCGGUCGAUCAGCAGAGAACUGGUCCGCACGUUGGAUUUCAUCGAUAAGUGGGUAGUCAGAGAGCACCAGUUGUCUCUGGACGCGAUCGAGAUCACUGGGAAUCGCGGAAUCGA